AGGGAGUGAGGUAAACAAGGCCCAGCAGCCCCGCCCGCCGCGGCCCAGCAACUUCCAGAAGGGCCGCGCGCGAGCUAGCGAGCGGGGGCCGCCCACAGCUGUGGCGCAGCAGGAAUUGCCGCCCUCCCGCCGCACCGCGGGCGGGGUGAUGCCCCUGUUUAUUUUUACCCGGGCGGCUCAUCCUCUCCGGCUGCCCGAGCGCGGCCGCUCCCCGCCCUGGCCCCGCCUAUAAAAGGCCGCCCGCGGGGGGCUGAGGAUGCAGCUUUAUAGCUCCGUGAUCACCCACUACCCGGCAGCGGGGGCGGCGGCUGCAGCAGCAGCAGGCGGGGCGGGCGUUUUCAAAGUCUCCCUGCCGGCGGUGCCCCCCUCUCCGGACGCAGCGAGCGCCGCGGGCCAGAGCCCGGCCGCCGAGAGCCUCGCUAAGGAGAGUCUGGUGCCCGGAGGCAGCGGUGCCGCCAUGACUGCCUUCUCCUCCUGCCUGGAGCUGAUGCCCGGCGGGCCUGCGGCGGGCCCGGGCGGCAGGCCGGUAGCGGCCCCGCAGUACAGCUCCAGCGCGCAGAUCACCGUGAGCCGCAGGAGGCCGCUGGAGAGGAUCGUGCCCAUCCGCAUCGUGCAGCGCCCCGAGCCCCCCGUGGAGCUGGCCCCGGCCUCUCCGCAGAGCCGAGCCUGGCUCGAGGGCAUCCUGGAGAGCAUGCGACAAGCCGGCGGGGACGCGGAGGCCGCCGCAGCCCCGCACCGCCCGGAGGAGCCCAGCAACCACAGCCUCCGCCUAAGCGAGCACUGCCAGGCUCUGCAGGCGGCGGCCAGCGCUCAGCCCGACCCGGCCGCCACCUGCGGCGAGGAGAGCGGCGGCCAGGCCCUGCCCCUGCCCUGCUCCCCGCUAGCGGAGGAGGAGGGCCCCAGCCCGAGGAGGGGGCCGGAGCGGAGUGAGAAGCUGGCUCUGUACCUGGCCGAGGUGGAGAAGCAGGACAAAUACCUGCGGCACAAGGGCCGGUUCCGCUUCCACAUCAUCCCCGAUGGAAACUGCCUGUACCGCGCCAUCUGCAAGGCCGUGUACGGGGACCAGCGGCUGCACAGCGAGCUCCGCGAGCAGACUGUGCACUACAUCGCCGACCACCUGCACCAUUUCAGCCCCAUCAUCGAGGGCGAUGUGGGCGAGUUUCUCAUCGGCGCCGCCCAGGACGGCGCUUGGGCUGGCUACCCUGAGCUCCUGGCCAUGGGGCAGAUGCUGAAUGUAAACAUUCAUCUCACCACGGGCGGCAGGCCAGAGAGCCCCACCGUCUCCACUAUGGCCCACUACCUGGGCCCUGAGGACCCGGCCCGGCCUAGCAUCUGGCUGAGCUGGCUCAGCAAUGGGCACUACGACGCUGUGCUGGACUGUGUGUGUCCUAACCCGGAGUACGAGGCCUGGUGCAGGCAGACUCAGGUGCAGCGCAGGCGGGACGAGGAGCUUGCCAAAUCCAUGGCCAUGUCACUGUCUAAGAUGUACAUCGAGCAGAACACCUGCUCCUGAGACUUCCUAGUCUAGAAGCUCAAAGCCCUACUCCAGGUCAAGAGAGACAGUUUGCACCGGCCAUGGUGGUGAUGCCUUAAUCCUUCAUAAAGCAGCGGUGCCCUAGACUGAGGAGCCUCCAUACAAUAUUAAACUGGGGGGGAUGACAAAUCCAAACUUGUAUUUGUAAUAUUCUCUUGUAUAAAGCUAGCCCUGGAUUAUUUGGAAGCGGAUUCUCCAUGUAUAUGUGGUUGUUUUUUUGUUUUGUUUAUUUUU